GCGCCUAUAUAAAUCUCUGCAGCGGCUGAAUUACACCAACAGACCACUAGUAUACAUUAUACAGACUACAGAGAGAGAUUAUUAGAGAGAGAGAAGCCAUUCGAGAGAGGGAGAGAGAGAGAGAGAUUAGCUAUUAGAGAGAGAGAGGUUAGCUAUUCAGGAGAGAGAGAUUAGCUACUAGAGAGAGAGAGAGGGCGAGAGAGAGGGAGAGAGAUUCUUGGUAAAACCCAGUGCAUUAAUGGGGAAGGUAACUUUAGGCUACAAAUUUAAACCAAACGUGGACGAGGCAUUCAAAUACUUACGCAAAAAGGUGUACAAUAUUCAAGAACCAAAUGUGGAGUUUGAGUCGCUCAAGGAAAUUGAUGUUUAUCAGUUUUGCCCUCCUGAUCAUCCUGAAUUGAGCAAAGAAAAGUGUACUUACAUCUUCACACGAAGAGUUGCUAUAAGCACACUAUCACGUAAGAUUGAUCGGAAAACGAAGGACGGGAAAGGUGCUUGGGUUAUGAGCGGAUCCGAUGAAUUCAAGAUGGGAAUGAGACACAAUCUGGUUUACUAUCUUAAAGGGGGAGAUGUAAAGGGAAGGGGUCUGAAAACUGACUGGCUUAUGCAAGAAUAUGUACUACAUGCUGAUGCAAAGGGGAAGGCGGAUAAGACUAUGGCCUUGUGUCGAAUUUAUACCAGGAAUCCGAAAGAGUGUAAAGGAACAGAUGGAAGCAAAGAGGAGUUAAUGAUGAUUGAAUCAAGCCAAGAGUAUCAACAGAAGAACAUAGUUGCUCCAGAAAACAAAGAGCUUGUUUGCACGAAUCUGUACUUAGAUAGUGACGAAUCAGGCCAUGGUCAUGAUCAACUGAAGAACACAACUUCAGCAAAAGAAGAGAUUAUUUUGACUGAUUUCUUCUCAGAUAGCGUUGAAAAUCAACAGAUCACUGCUGCACCAGCGAAUGAAGAGAUUAUUCUUAUUGAUUUCUUCUCAGGUGGCGUUGAGAAUCAACAGAACGCUGCUGCACCAGCAAAUGAAAAGACUGUUUUUACUGAUUUGGGCUCAGAUGGCGUUGAGAAUCAACAGAACACUACUGCACCAGCAAAUAAAGAGAUUGUUUUUACUGAUUCGGGCUCAGAUGGCGUAGAGAAUCAACAGAACACUGCUGCACCAGCGAAUAAAGAGAUUGUAUUGACUGAUUUCUUCUCAGAUAGCGUUGAGAAUCAACAAAACACUGCUGCACCAGCAAAUGAAGAGACAGUUUUUAAUGAUUUGGGCUUAGAUGGCAUUGAGAAUCAACAGAACACUGCUGCACCAGCGAAUAAAGAGAUUGUAUUGACUGAUUUCUUCUCAGAUAGCGUUGAGAAUCAACAGAACACUGCUGCACCAGCAAAUGAAGAUAUUGUUUUUACUGAUUCGGGCUCAGAUGGCAUUGAGAAUCAACAGAACACUGCUGCACCAGCGAAUGAAGAUAUUGUUCUUACUGAUUCGGGCUCAGAUGGCAUAGAGUCAAGCCAAGGUCAUGAUCUGCCCAAGAACACUACUUCAGCAGCAGAGAAUGAUGUGGGUCUGAGUUUAAGGCUGUGUACUGGUUCGCAAAACUGACAGGUCAUGUUGAUAUGUUCAAUGCAAGGCUACAUCGCGUGAUAAUGAUUUGAAUUCUGAAGGUCUUAUAUGGAUAUUCCGAGCAUAUGUACAAGUUUUAUAGGACACAGUAACUAUAGUAACUAUACGUUUUCUUUUUGUUAAAGGUCUCUGUGUUUCUGACUUGUGAUCUUUGCCCUGUUGCAUUACCUUUUAGUUACGAAAGGAGGAGUUUUCUGUGUUGUAAAAAAAAGAAAAAAUUUAUUUCCGAGAUAGUACGUUCAUUUUGUCAU